CAUGUGCACACUUUACAGCACUGCUCGCUUUAAAUGUGCCUAAAAUAUUCGAAUACGGUCACCCCACAGCCGCAUAACUUACUUAACAUGUUGCAAGGUUUGCUGCAAAGAACCUGUGUAUCAGCGCUGAAUACGGCCCAAACAUUGUUUGUGCGCCAGAAGCAUGCGUUCGACCGCGCCGUGCUGAAGCCCAAGGUGCGCUGCCAUUUCCCAAAGCCCCGCGAAGUGAAGCGCAUCAAUGUGCACGGCUGGGAGACGCGCAUGGCGACCCCGGAGGGACGCAGGGUGCUGAUGCGACGCAUACUGAAGGGCAGACACGAUCUGUCCCAUUAAACAAUGCAACCAGUUAAUACACAUUUCUCUAUACAUUUGUACAAAAGUUGUUAACAUAGGCUUUAAAGAUUUUUAUGCGCUCGGAAAUAUAUGUGGUGUAUGCUCUUGGA